AAUUCAAGUGACAACAUUUUACAUGCAUGGUUGAAUUGGCGGUGAUACCAGGUUAUAAACAAUCAUACAGACGUGUUCCUGCGAUUUUAUAGUGUACCCCGGAAGAAGAUCGAAAGAGAAUGAAUGCGAAUAAAGAUGGGGAGAUUUUCGUCAUAUGGUUGUCGCUCACAGUUUUGCAUGUGGAAUUCUUGUCGGCGCAAAACUCCUGGAAUUGGUUUGAGGCACAGCAACUAUGUAAAGAAAACAAUGACAGCCUACCAAAAUCUAACACAUUCAGUUCACACACACGGGAACACUGGACAAGCCAAUAUAGACGAUAUUCAUUUUGGAUCAAAAUUUUAGGUUGUUACAACGAUACCAGUCCUAAUUAUGCACAGAAUUUCCAGAUGGAUAUUCUUUCAGCAGGAUUCUGUCAAGAGAUCUGUGCAACUGUGAACUCGUCUAUAUUUGGAAUCAAACAGAAAGAAUGCAAAUGUUUUGGAAAACUCUUUUUGGGACAACCUCUUUCACAGAACGAUUGUAAUACGAUACCUCAGACUACUGGUGGAAUCAGAUUUACAGAACAUGGAAGCAUCAAUGCUUACACGUUAUACGAAUCAGAUUUCAACGUCACAAAGAGAGAUGAAAUUUCCUGUGUUGCAGUACAAUGUCACACAUACAACCGAUUCUACUUUGUGUCGUUUAUCAAUUGUUCAGUGCCGUAUAGAGCGGUUUGUCAGAACUCAGUUUUAAACAUACAUCAGAACUGGACGUCAUCAAUGGAGAUGUGUAAAAAGGAACAUUCUUCCUAUUUGGUGGGUAAUGUAUCUUUGAAUGACGUUGACCAGACGUGCGACAGGCUUAACGUAACAUUGACGGGUCCAUCAUGGCUUGGCGUAGCGAAAAAACACUACAUAGGAUCUGACCGUGGUGUGCCUGUAAACGAAAUAGAGAGAAAAUCAUUCUCACAGUGUGUUAAAUGUUAUGGUAACGAUUGUGGGUACUAUGGCGAAUGUACAGAAAGAUUAGAUACUGUUUACUGUGAAAAGGGUUUCAGUACUCUAACCUCAGAUCCUGUCACAGACAACCCUGGAACAACCCAGUCCGUUACAUAUACUUCAGAAGCUUCCAAGCAUGCUUCAGAGACAUCCACCAAUUUCACCAUGUCUAUUUCCACAAAGUCCUCAGUCCAUCAUACCAGUAAACAAGAUGUAACUGACUCCAAUAAUACUUUAAGUAUAAUUCUCCCUGUGGUGAUGACUGCUGUUUUUAUCGGAUGUUUUGCUACAGCUGCAGUUUUUUAUAAACGAAGAAAGAGAGGACUAAGAAAUCAGAACAACAAACAGGUGGAUUUAAAAGACACUGACAACAGCUAUGCCAUCAUUGAUGUUGACGUGAAUAAUGCGAAUUAUGUUGUCCUCCAACCACAAUCCGAAACAAAUUAUGACAGAUUACAUGUCGGGCUAUCAGAUGAAAGUAAUCCUUACAGGAACACUGCAGACGGAAUCUAUGAUCAAGUUAGAGAUAGAUAAGCGAGGAAACGGAAUGUGGAGGAUGGAAAAGCCGAAAAAGUAACCCUUAUAAGGAAACAGCGGGGGACUCUCUGACCAUUUACAACACACACUCAUUGGGAAAUACACAAUGGAAAAUAAUCAUUAUAAUGUAUUGGUCGCUGUACGACUAUUGUACUCAAGGCAGAAUGAAUGAACACACUUCUGACACUUAGUGCGAUCAUGCUAUUUCGUUCUAUGAUUACAAACAACAUCAUCAAGUUAUUGAAGAGGUAGAUGGUGGUUAUACUAAAAUUCUUAAUGUGUCAUAGGAGAGGGAUGGGUCGUCAGAACACUAUGUAAACAGAUGAAAUCCUUAGGACAGUAGUACUCACACCCUGGUGAUUGUUUUUAAGCGUAACACAUUCACACAUGAAGCUUAUCAUAAUGAACGCACUUUAAAAUGCAUACCCUGUUAAAAUCACUAUCAUUUAAUGUAUGGUCAAAUUCAUCUGUACUUGGCCCAAGCAAUUUACCGUCACUACUUUGAAAAGUAUCGGUCUGUUGCAUUUUAGUCAAGCAUGAAUGAAGUUAUUCCUAAUUUAUAUUUCAUGCAAGUUUCAUCAUUUAAACUGCAUAAUUAUAAGGACUUGAUCCCGUUUCCUCAAAUUCCACAAGGCCUUUGAAGCAAAGAUGUAGGUCAACUGUAGCCAGUUUGACUGACAGUAACAUUACAGUAACAUUACAUUACAGCUAUCGCACAGACGAGGUUCCUCAUUGUGCAAUAUAUAGGUACAUGUAAAACGAAUGGAAUCUGCGCGAAAAAAUAACUUGGUCACUUACUCUGAAAAAACUGGUAUAUUGAGUGUUGCUGGGACUUCAUACACACGAGCACGUAUUGAUUUUUUUUUUCGUCUCAUUCUAUUAACUUCAUUGACUUCUCUUGAUCUGAUUAUAAUAAUGUUGCACUUAUCAAGAUAAGGUUAAUAGUUAUUUUCUGAAGAAUCUUGAAGUUACUUGAAACUUUGUAAUAUCAUUUUGCUCAUCAUUAUUAAUGUGUUCCAGAUUUCACGAUUUAGAUGGUUAUGCUAUUUGUAUAUUUAACUAUGUUUCUUAACACAGGAAAUAAAAACGCGUUUUGAAAUAAACAGAAAUAGGGAUCAUUUUGAUAAGAGUUUCAGAGAUUCUAAUCCAGAACUAGGCUAUGUAGAUCAUACAAUAAAAGAGCAUUACAUAUUUACAAUCUGCUUUAAACUAUUGAACAUAUUAGUAGCGUAGAAUAUUGCAUUGUUGAAUUACUUAUACCUAUGACAAGACUUCAGACCCCUAGAAUAGGACAUUGUGAGUCAUGUAGUGAAUAAUCAAAAUCAUGAAGGUUUCCUGUUGUACUUCUGAUCAUCUAGCAAACAAUUAAAAUGUUCCAAGUAUGAUCAGUGUUUUAAAGGAGACGGCCUGCUGACAAAUAAGUUGAUGUUACAAGGGUUUCAUUAGUCAGCAUUUAGCAAAUUAUAUGGUCGUUAUAAUGACUGUCAUGAGCCCUGUAUCUUGAUCAGGUAAACGGAGCAAUCCGCAGCCAAAAUCAGUGUGUCAAGAACUGUCUACCAAUCGGUAUGAAACAAGUGAAACAGCAUUUGACCCAAAGAUAAAUUGUACUAGCAAACUAGAUCAUCAUAACGACGAUAGCUUUGCGAAAUGUCGGCUUUAAACGAUACUUUUAAAAUCCCUGUAUUAUGACCUUGUUUGUCAGUAGCCUGCCCCGAUUUCAAAACUGAUCAUACGCAAAACAAGCUCUUGCAUACCAAAUCAGUUGAGAGAUAUAAACACCAAAUGCAGGUAGAAUAACAUAAAUCAAAUUCUACAUUAUUUAUAUACAAGUUGAUUUUCCGUUUGUUUUAUCAGCGAUGGACAAGUUUUGGCAUAUUCUGAUAAGAUUAACGUUUAUAUAAUUAAAUGUCAUCGUACAUAAUUGUAUAUUUUAGAAAUUGUUCUUUAAAAAAACAGUUUAGUGUAAUAUAUUAUGUAAACAAUUAACUUGUUAUUUAUAUUAAUCAUAAUAUCAUUAUCAAUUAAAUGAAUGGAAAACGUUUUCUAUUUAAUCUAAAUAAAAUUUCCUUUUAAUGCUGUA